AUGACAUUAGUGAAAAAUGUAUUCAAUAUUUUUCUGUUAGUUUUGAGUAUACAAAAAAGUAUUUGUAAUUUAGAAAAUUCUGUUUGUAGUAAUUAUGGUACAAAUUGUCAAGAAUUAUCUGGAUUUACACCAAAUUUAAAUGACUAUUCUAUUGAAAAAGAAAAAUUUUUUCAACCACCAAUUGAUGAUCUUCAUAUGAUGAUAAAAAAAUCUUUUGAAGAAGCAAGCAAUUAUUAUAAUAAUUCUAUCUUUAAUGAUUUGACUCAUUCAUCAGACAUAUUUAGUAAAAAUCAAGAUGAAAAUUUAUUAAUACAUGAAAAAAUAUUUCCUUCAAUUGUAUCACUUUUAACAACAGAAAAAUUAAUUAAAAAAUUUGGUUCAUAUAAAUUUUCAACAAAAGGUACAUCUAUUGAAAAACAUUGUAAAAUUCAAGAAAACUUUUGUGGAAAUGAAAAUUAUAGAAGUGCUGAUGGUAAAUGUAAUAAUGUAUAUCAUCCAACAUGGGGUACAACAAAUAGUCGUUUUCAGAGAUUAAUACCAGGAAAAUAUUAUGAUGGUAUUCAAAUUCCCAGAAAAAGUAUCAAUAAUAUAAAUGAACUACCAAAUCCAUAUUUAAUAGGAAAUUUAUUAUUUACUCAAGAAUAUAAAAAACAACAAAAACUUACAAAUUUAUUAACACAUUGGGCUAAUUUUAUAUAUCAUGAUCUUUCUAAAAUAAAAAGUAGUAAAUUUUAUGUUACUACAAAUGAUUUUAAUGAAAAUAUAUGUUGUAGUAAUCAAUUUUCUCAUCCCGAAUGUUUACCUAUUUUUACAUAUAAUUCUAAUAGUAAUGGUUUUGAUUUAGAGGAUCAAAAAUGUAUACCUUAUAUAAGAACAAUUUUAGCUCCAAGAGAUGAUAUUUGUUCAUUUGGUCCACGUGAACAAGGAAAUCAAGCAACAGCAUUUUUAGAUGCUAGUACUAUUUAUGGAAAUACAAAAGAAGAACAAUUGUCAAUACGUUUAAAAAGUGGUGGAAAAAUAAAUGAUAAUUCAUUUAAGUUAACUAAAAUAUUAUCAUUAAAUGAAGAAGAAGAUAGUUUAAAUCAAAUAUCAUCUGUUAUGGUAAAUUUAUGGCAAAAACAACAUAACAAAAUUGCUGAAAAUUUAUCUCAAUUAAAUAGUCAUUGGGAUGAUAAUAUCAUUUUUGAAGAAGCUAGGCGUAUAGUUAUUGCUCAAAUUCAAUUUAUAACAUUAAAUGAAUAUUUACCAAUUUUAAUAGGCCAUGAAACUGUUAACUAUUAUAAAUUAAAGACAACAAAAUAUGAUGAUAUGGAAGUAUCGACAGAAGAAUUUUAUGAUUUAAAUAUUGAACCAAAUACAUUUAAUAGUUUUGCUACUGCUGUUGGCAAUUUUUAUUUAACAAUUAUAUCUAAUAAUGAUAAAAAUCUUCUUUUUAAUGCACAAUCACACACUUUAUUAUCUAAAAAUGCUGAAAGUUUAAUUAUAGAUUUAUUAGAAUCAACAAUAUCAAGACCAGGAUUACAUAUUGAUCCUUCAUAUUCUAGAAAUAAUAUAUUUGAUAAUGUUUUAUUUAAAAAAACACUAGAUUAUCCAACAUUUUUAAUUCAAUUAUCUAGAGAUAAUGGUUUAGGAUCAUAUACUGAGUAUAGAGAAAAAUGUGGUGGUUCAAUUAUUACAAGUUUUGAUGAUUUAUGGAAUGAUAUAAUAAAUCCUGAAAAAGUAAUACCUAUAUUAAAAAAAUAUUAUGUAGAUGUAAGAGAUGUUGAAUUACCUAUAUUAGGAUUAGCUGAAAAACCUGUACGUGGAGCAUUAGUUGGACCAACAUUUGGUUGUAUUUUAGGAUUACAAUUUAGAACAACUAAAAACAGCGAUCGUUUUUGGUUUGAUAAUAUUAAAAAUCCAAAAUCAUUUACAUUUGAUCAAUUGUCACAAAUAAGAAAAACAACACUUGCAAAUGUUUUAUGUAAUGCAUUAUCAGUAUCAUGUAAUACAACUAUUGAACAAGGUAUAAAUUUACGUUUGUGGAAAGACAAUUCACCUGCAAAUUAUAAAAAAGAAAGCGAAAGUUUAUCGGAUAUAAUUGAAUCAUUUAACGGAUUACCAUCUAUUAGUAAAAAUAAAAUGAAUCUUGCAUUAAAAAAAGGAUAUGAAAAUUUAAAAUUAAAAGAAAAUUUUGAUACAAGAAAUUUUAACAAACAAUUUGAUGAUACAUAUGACGCUAGUACUCCAUUAAAUUCAUAUGCAGCAUUAAUGAAAGCAAAACCAAAAGCAUUAGAUUUACAUCGUUUAGCUAAACUUAAAUGGGAAACAAUGAAUGUUAUAAUGAAUGGUGAUGUUGAUAUUUUGUCAAACCAAGCAAAAUUAACCGGCGCAACUCUUUUUACAAAUCCUAUAUCAUCUAAUCAAAUAUCAGGUAUAAUUCCAUUUGUUGAUGUAAGUAGUAUUCUUAAUAUUUCUCAACCAACAAUUAAAGAAGAUUGUCAUCCACAGAACCUUCCAUGUGAUCAUACAUCACCAUAUAGAACAAGUCAUGGAUGGUGUAAUAAUUUAAAAAAUCCAUCUUUUGGAAUGUCAUUUGGUCCAAUGAAACAUUUAUUACCAGUUGCUUAUGAAGAUGGUUUUAGUGUACCAAGAUCUUUUGGUGUUAGUGGAAAACCAUUACCAUUACCAAGAAGAAUUACUAAUAUUAUGAAUGAUGAUGUACCAAUUUUUCAAAAAACAUAUUCACAUAUGGUUAUGCAAUUUGGUCAAUUUUUAGAUCAUGAGAUAACACACGUACCAACUGAAACAGGUCCUAAUGGAACAAAUGUUGACUGUUCUUCAUGUAAUUCUCAAGAAACUGUUAAUAUAAAUUAUGGUAGUACUAUUUAUGGUUCUACACCAUGUGAAACAAAAGAAUUACGACUUUUUCAAGGUGGUUUAUUAAAAUUUUCUGAUCUUAAUCCAAUAAAUCAUGAAGGAUUACCAACAAGAAAUGAUAAUGAAAGCUGUAGAUCCAGACCACAAUUUGAUUGUUUUAAAGCUGGAGAUUCUAGAAAUACUCAUCAACCAUCUUUGACAGUUAUUCACAAUAUUAUGUUACGUGAACACAAUAGAAUAGCAAGAAAUUUAGAGACUAGAAAAAUUAUUGGUGGAAUAUUUCAACAUAUUGUAUAUUCUGAAUAUCUUCCUAUAUUAAUAGGCAAAUCAAAUAUUGAAAAAUUUAAUCUUUUUCCACAAAAUAAAGGAUAUUUUAAAGGAUAUGAUGAUACAUGUGAUGCAUCAAUAAGUCAUCCAUUUUCAACAGCUGCAUUUAGAUUUGGUCAUACAUUAGCAAGAUCAAAUUUUAAACGUUUAGAUGCAUAUUACAGAGAAUUUAGUGAUGAUUUAUUAUUAAAAGAUAAUUUUGAUAAUGCAGAACCUAUAUAUAAUGUAACUAGUGGUGGAUUUGAUACAAUAUUAGUUGGUCUUUUAGGAACACCAUCAAUGGAAUUUGAUAGAUUUAUUACAAGUCAUUUAAGAAACUUUUUAUUUGCUAAACGUGGACAAAAGUUUUCUGGUUUUGAUUUAAUUGCUAUUAAUAUUCAACGAGCAAGAGAUCAUGGUGUUCAACCUUAUAAUCAAUUAAGAGAAUAUUGUGGUUUUGGUAGAGCAAAGACAUUCCAUGAUUUGAGUGAUUUUAUAGAUGAAGAUGCAAUUGAACGACUUAGUUCAUUAUAUGAAUCUGUAGAUGACAUUGAUUUAUUCACAGGAUUGAUUUCAGAACGUUCUUUAAAAGGUGCAUUACUAUCUCCAACAGCAUCAUGUAUAAUAGGAGAACAAUUUGAAAGGUUAAAAAAAUGUGAUAGAUUUUACUAUGAAAAUAACUUACCACAUACUAAGUUUAGUGAAGAUCAAUUACAAGAAAUAAGAAAAGUAUCUUUAGCAAAAAUAUUUUGUGAUAAUUCUGAUAUUCUUACGAAAAUACAACCAAAUAUAUUUGAGUUGCCGGAUGAUUUGGUUAAUGCUCAAAUUCCAUGUAAUGCAUUUUCACAAAUUGAUUUAACAAAAUGGAGUCAACAUCCAAGCUGUACAUUAAAUGAUAAAGUUUUAGCUAUUGGACAAUUUGAAAAGAAAUCACCUUGUAUGGGAUGUAUCUGUACAACUGAUGGUUUAAGAUGCCAAAGUACUAUAGUAAAGAACUGUCAAAAUCUAUUAGAAGAACAUAAUUUUAUUGAUAUUGCAAAAGAUUCAGCAUGUGUCAUUCAGUGUCCACAGCUAAAAACAAAAAUAGAAUUUUAA